UCUACUAGGUCUUCUUCCUCCCCCUUUCUUCGCGUAGGUCUAGCCACACGGCUGAGCCGCCGCCAUGGAAGGUGAAAUAAAGUUGAUCUGAUCUGAUCUUUCUGAGAGCUCUGUUGAUUUUCUGCUAGCAUUUCUUCUUGCCAAAACCCUUCUCCUCCAGACGCCCAGAGAUCCCAAGCAGAUGAUCAGAUUUCUUAUGUUGUGCUUCUAUUUCUUCAUGCUAGGACGCCCAGAGAUACCAAGUUGAAGAACCAGAAAAAAAUGGAUAAGCUCUCAUAUCAUUCUAACAUCUCAGAUCUGUCAAGCAACAAAGAAAAACACAACAGAAGCAAACCUGGAGUUCAAUCUCGAAUUUCUAAGGUAAACGUACUGGGACAAGAUGCUUACCACCAAGAAUGUUGUUACAGUGCAGAAAGACAAAAAGAAAACACGAACCCAGUAGUUCCGCACAACUAUGGAGUACAUCAAGACCAACUGUAUGCUGCACAAAACAAAGAACUUAGAAAGCAGGAAUUAAAUGAAGUUCAGAUUGGAAAUCAAAGUUGCAAAAUGAUGAAUGAACUGCUUGCACCAGAAGGAUUUCCGCAGUCGUACACACAACUCAUGAAACAAAUGACUCUCAUGAGUCAUCUCCAAAGUGACAACAUGACUAUCCCUAUAACAAGUUUCACUUCGCUCUUGACAACAAGCAUGGAUGAUCAGAUCCAAUAUCAAGCAGCUAUCAAAAUGAAGAAGCAGAUGAAGGUGCACCUAUGAUGAUAAUUCUGAAAGCAACAGUGAAGAUUACCUCGCCUGCAGUAGUGAUGAGAAUGAAACUGAUGCAGAGGAAGAUUACCUGGAGCAAAACACAGUGAUUUGUGAGCAGUUGUCUGCAGAUCAUGAGUAUUCAGAGUUGCAAUAAUUAGAGCAGAGUUGGCACAACUCUAUUUUAGAUGAUGUGCAAGAAAUGUUGAUUAAUCACGAAAAACAGAUAGCAAAAAUGAAUGAGCCAUUGCAAGGUCCUGAUUAUGCAGAAACAAUUGAUACAGAUGGCACAAGUGGGAGUGACGAGUCAGAGUUUGAAACAGAGAACCAAGAAUAUGAAGAAGCACAUAUGAACAACUCUAAUCUUGACAGCAGUGAUGAGUUGCCUAAUUCAGACCAACACGAUGAGAGCAUGCAUGAAUCAGGCGACCAAGACAUUGAGCACCGACAGGAUGAGGCCAAGAAUAAAUCAAACAAAGAUAAGAAAAAAUUAUCUCAAGAAGAUAUUGAAUUUUUUCUUGAGAAUGAGGUCAUAGAUAAAGCAUUGAAACUGAGCCAAGAAGAUGAAAAGAAUCACAUGCCAACGCUAAACAUGUCAUUUGAAAGUGAUGCUGAUGCACACCGAUUCUACAAUGAAUACACGGCUAUUGCGGGGUUUUCUAUAUAGAAAGCUGCAAACUAUCACUGCCAAAAGAAAGAUGCUCACAAUAACAAAGUGACAAUAUUUACUUUGAAGUGCAACAGGUAUGGUAAACUAGAAACAGGACAAAGCUGACAGCAGCAGGAGCAAAAAGGAGAAAGUACAAAGGUGAUAAAAAUGCACCCACCAUCCUUGAGAAUACGACAGACAGGAGAAGGAAUUACACAAUCAAAACAGGGUGUCAAGCUCAAAUGGUUGUUACCUGGAAAUUUGAACUUGAGCAAUGGGUCGUCACAAGGCUGAUCAUUCAGCACAAUCAUGAACUCCAUCCGCAGGCGAAGUCAGGUUCCUGAAAUCACACAAGUAUAUAACUGAGCAAGAGAAAGACUUGAUUAGGAGUUGCAAAAGAGUAAAUAUACCAACUAGAAAGAUAAUGGCAAUCAUGUCAUUCUUCCGAGGAAGAGGUCUAUCUUCAUUGCCUUACACCCCAAAACAGAUUAGCAACAUGGGUACAAAAAUGAGAAGAGAAAAUGGUCUGAAUGAUAUGAUGCAAGUAGUAUCAUUUUUUGAACAGAAAAAGUCAGAAGAUCCACUAUUCUUCUACUCAUUCAAAACGGAUCCAAAAAAGAAUGUGAUGCAUAUAUUUUGGGCAGAUGGGAGUGGAAUAAGGAACUAUCAGCAGUAUGGCGAUCUUCUCAGUUUUGGCACAACCUACAAGACUAACAAAUACAAUCUGAAUUUUUCUCCAUUUGUGGGAGUAAACGGGCAUGGAGACAACUGCCUUUUUGCAUGUGGUUUCAUUCAAGAUGAGAAGAAAGAAACAUUCGAGUGGCUCUUUAAGACAUUUCUGAAAUGCAUGGGAGGGAAAGCUCCUAAAUCUGUCAUAACGGAUCAAGACGCAACUAUGAAGAAAGCAGUACCUAAAUGCUUUCCAAAUUGCAAGCAUAGGAACUGUUUGUUCCACAUUCUCACGAAAGCUCAAAACAAAGCUAGGAGGACAUUUGGAAAGAACCAACACUUGAAUGCUCAAUUUCAUGACAUAAUCCUAAACUCCCAGACAAUGCAAGAAUUUGAGGAAUUAUGGCCACAAAUGAUUCAACAGCACAAUGUUUAGCAUAUCAAGUACUUUGCAAUUAUGUGGAAAAACAGGAAGAGAUUCGUACCUGUCUACUUCAAGAAUCACUUUUAUCCGUUCAUCCAGACAACAGCCAGAAGCGAAGGCACCAAUGCUGUAUUCAAAGCAAAUGUAGCUUCAACUCACAGUGUGAUUGCUUUCAUGACAGAGUUUGAUAGAAUAUCACAAAGCAUUGAAGAAAAAAGAAAAGAAAAUGAUUCUGUCACAAGAAGAACUUCUCCAACAAUGUGGAGUGACUGGGCAUUGGAAAAGCAUGCACCAAGACUAUAUAACAGAGGCAUUUUUUUACAAAUUUCAGCAAGAGUUGAUGAAUUCAACUAAGUUUCACAUGGUUGAAGUUGAAAGAAACAAACAAUAUGAGGUGUUCAAAUCACCAACGCAAGCACUAUUUGACUAUAACCCCAGAACUUUCAUAGUCAUGGUGGACAUAGACUCUGAAACUUUCACAUGCAUAUGUGGUAAGUUUGAAAAAGACGGCAUACUAUGCUGUCAUGCACUCAAAGUGAUCCAAGCAUUGAACAUUGAUGAGAUAGCAGAGAAGUAUUUCAUUGAUAGAUGGAGACCUAAAGAGAAGAAAUCAGAACAAGUCAGUGAACAAGUGACAAACCUUGAAGAUUUGGAUGAUCAAAUGGCUUUCUUCUCAUUCUCUAGAAGGCUCACUGAGUUAGCUUCUGAAGCAUCAAAAAAUCCUGAAAGGAGGAAAGUUAUGAGUGAGCAGAUAACCAAUUUGGAGAAAUUAAUUAUGGGCAUACCUUGCAUACCAGAAGGUGAGGAACCAAAGAGUUGUUCGUCAUAAGUAGCAUCUGACACUAUAGCAGCUUUGAGUUUGGGUAGCAAUUCUGAAAACACACUAAAGGAUCCGGUAUACACAAAACCAAAAGGGAGAAUGAAGAAAACAGGAAGGCAAAAGAGCAUAGUUGAGGAAAUUAUAGCCAAACCAAAAAUGACUUGCUCUGGGUGUGGCAAACAAGGUCACAGGAUAACUGGAUGUAAGCCAACAGAAGAGAAUGCAACGCAGAAAAUUAACA